UUCCCGUCAUCUCGCAGAAAGCAGGAAAACAAUUCAUUUCAAAAGCAUAAACAUGCAUUCAAGUUGAUUUUGUCGACGUGAAUCUACAGCCGCUUUGUUAAGUGCAAGAAGGCACGCUUAAGGGACACAAUGAGACCCCUUAAAGAUGCCCAGCUGGGAGCCUUCACCUUCUUUGCCUCAGCUCUCCCCCAUGAUGUUUGUGGCAGCAAUGGCCUCCCUCUGACUCCAAAUUCCAUCAAAAUACUGGGACGUUUCCAGAUCCUGAAGACCAUCACUCACCCCAGACUCUGCCAGUACGUGGACAUUUCCAGAGGCAAACACGAACGACUGAUUGUUGUGGCUGAGCACUACGCAAGAAAUUUAGGCGAUUUCAGACAAGAACAAAGAGCGAGUCCAGAGAAGGUGCUUCAGGUAGCCUACGAGGUUCUUGAAGGUCUGGAGUUCAUGAACAAACAUGGUUUGGUGCACAGAGCCCUCAGUGUUCACAACGUUCUCCUGGACUGUAAGGGACACGUCAAGCUGGCAAAGUUUGGCCUUUAUCACAUGACGAAUCAUGGGGCAGAUGUCGAUUUUCCCAUUGGCUACCCAUCAUACCUUGCUCCAGAGGUGAUCGCCCUGGGCUCCUUUCACCCAAGCGAUCCAUCACACGAUGAAGCUCCUCUGCCCUCAGGACCGAAGACUGACGUCUGGUCUCUGGGAAUCUUGCUCUUUGAAUUGUGUGCUGGGAGACGACUCCUGCAGAAUAUAGAAAUAAGCGAGAAACUGAAAUUCAUUUUGACUUUGGGCUGUAUGGAUGACAUCGUUACAGUCCUCGCUGAGGAACAUGGUUGUUUGGAAACCAUUAAGGAGUUGCCUGAGAACGUUUUGGAGUUAUUAAGGAAAUGUUUGACCUUUCUUCCAUCUAAAAGGCCAACCCCUGCAGAUCUACUGGGAGACCUUGUGUUUAACGACAUUUCCUGCCACUAUCCACCUUUCCAGAAGCCGGUCAAGCUGUUCUCCUCUUCCCUGCGCUGUGCACACCUGGAGCUCCCUGAUGACAUCAAUGAUCUUUGUAAAGAUGAUGAUGAAGACUACUUGUCAGAGCGAGGCAUAGAUGAAGUUUACCAUUUGUGGUGUCUCGCGGGUGGAGAUCUGGAGAAGGAGCUUACCAACAAAGAAAUCAUACAGUCCAAAUCUCCGAUCUGCACGUUGCCCAAUUUUGUCUUGGAGGAUGGGGAGUCGUUUGGUCAGUGCAGGGAUCGGAGUUUCUUGCUUGACGACACCACAGUGACCCUAUCUCUGUGUCAGCUCCGAAACAGACUGAAGGAUGUCGCUGGAGAAGCUUAUUAUCCUCUACUGGAAGACGAACAGUCAAGUUUGCCGCAGUCCAACAGCAGCAACGAGCUGUCGGCCACCGUCACGCUGCCACUCAUCAUUCGCGAGAGGGACACAGAAUACCAGCUCAUCCGCAUCAUCCUCUUUGACAGGCUGCUCAAGGCCUACCCUUACAAGAAGAACCUUGUGUGGAAAGAGGCUAGAGUGGAUAUCCCUCCUCUUGUUAGAGGGCUGGCGUGGGCAGCACUGCUGGGCAUUGAGGGUGACAUUCAAGCCAAGUAUGACAGCAUAGACAAGGACACUCCCAUUCCAACUGACAGACAGAUUGAAGUGGAUAUCCCACGCUGCCACCAAUACGAUGAGCUGCUGUCAUCUCCUGAGGGCCACAUUAAGUUCAGACGGGUGCUGAAAGCCUGGGUGGUCUCCCACCUCGACCUGGUUUAUUGGCAGGGGUUGGAUUCACUUUGUGCCCCAUUCCUGUAUUUGAAUUUCAAUAAUGAAGCCUUAGCGUAUGCCUGCAUGUCUGCCUUCAUUCCCAAGUAUCUGUACAACUUCUUCUUGAAGGACAACUCUCACGUCAUCCAAGAGUACUUGACUGUUUUCUCCCAAAUGAUUGCCUUCCACGACCCAGAGCUGAGCAACCAUCUAAAUGAGAUAGGCUUCAUCCCAGAUCUUUAUGCUAUUCCCUGGUUCCUAACGAUGUUUACCCAUGUUUUCCCUCUGCACAAAAUCUUCCACCUGUGGGACACGUUGCUGCUGGGCAACUCUUCGUUUCCUUUUUGUAUCGGGGUCGCCAUAUUGCAGCAACUCAGAGACCGUCUCUUGGCUAAUGGCUUCAAUGAAUGUAUCCUGCUCUUCUCUGACCUGCCAGAAAUUGACAUUGAACGCUGCGUCCGUGAAUCCAUCAAUCUCUUUUGCUGGACGCCAAAGAGUGCUACGUACCGACAGCAUGCUCAGCCACCCAAAGUCUCUGCUGACAGUGGCUUUGGGAGAACAGCAACGUACUUCUCAUCCGACUACCAGGACAUGCCCAGAACAGAUCUGUCUCGGGAGCCCCUCGUUCUGUGUGACCUGAAGGCGGAAGUGUCUCCCAGAAUCUCAGCUGAGGACCUAAUCGACCUCUGUGAACUCUCACUGACCGGACCCUCCAAAAGAAACAAAGGCGGCAAGCCGAAGAUUGUUGCCGUUGACAUCCGCAACGUGGAAGACUUCAGCAGAGGCCAUGUUUCAGGCAGCAUCAAUGUUCCUUUCAGCAGCGUGUUUAACUCCGACGGUGAGCUUGUGCAGUGUCCCGCAUCAGGAGCCCUGCAGAACUACAGAGGACGAGUCAUCGUGAUCAUCAGCCAUGCUGUGAAGAGUGCUGCUAUGUUUGCUGCACAUCUUGUCAAGGUGAAUUUCUCACGUGUUUGCAUUUUGGAUGGAGGGAUCAGCAAACUGAAGCCCACUGGACUCCUCACUGUCCCCUCUCCACAGAUCUGACUUUGUUUUCUCAGCUUCACCUCAACUUAUUAGGCAUCAAACUUAUAUUAAGAAAAUAAGGUCAACAAAACCUUUGUGGUGAUAAUUUUUUUUUACUGAAAAUACUAAUGAUUUGAUUUCAUUUUUAUGUAUAGUGCUUAUAGAACAAUAACAAUUUUCUGUUUUAGGGAUAUGCAUUGUAAUUGCUUUUCUUUGAAUAAAUUGAGGCAGGGAUAUGUUUGAUUUGAAUCCAAUAAAGAUGUCACUGAUUAAUGA